CCAAACAAUAUGGCGGCUACAAUACGCAAAUAAUAAUUCGCGCGAAUCAUCGGUGGCUAGUGUUCUCAAUGAUAGAUAAUAACCUUAUGUUUUAUGACCGAUGGGAAGUGGAGCCUCUAAGACAACAGGAAAGGCAAUAGAAACCCAUGCAAGGUCAAUUGAGAUUAUAUACCACUCUGAAGAGCGUCACAAUAAACUUUCCCAAGAUGCAAAAUCUGCCAACGGAAAUGUGAAAGAUGAAUGUGACGCGACCACCAGAGAAGGAAAACCCGUGACUGAUCGUUUUUCUGCAGAAAAUGAACAGAUGACCAAAGAUGAUGGCGACGAAAAGAUACUCAUAUCUUCGCUCUGCGAAAAUGAUCCUCAACUUGAAACACGAUUGAGUUCCACGAACAGGUAUUACCAGUCCUUGAAUAAAGCUUUUUACGAUGGAAAUCUUUUGACAGAACCGUCACUUGAACAUGCUAAAGCUUUAAUUGAUGUUUACUCAAAGUGCAGGAAAAGAUCAAACAAAACUGUUGUGACAGAUUUUGCUUUGGCUGUGGGAAUACAUAAACUUGUUUACGAUAUAAUUGUUGAUCGUAGAAGUAAUUACCCAGAGAUAACAGAGAUGAAAUCCCAAAGGCAGUUCAAGAGGGUGAAAAUGAGGAGGAGAAAGCUUCAGAAGAGGAUGAAGAAAAAGUGGCAGCACUGAAGAUGUCACAGGACAUUAUAAACCAUCUGCUAGCAGUAAUAAUGAACUUUACUGACCUCCAUGAUUCAUUCUGCCUGGCAUGCAGUGAUCUGGGGAUGGUUCAAAUUCUCAUUGACAUGACAAAAGAUCUACAAGAUACAAUAAGUUAUCAUGUAAAAUAUGUGAAUCCCAAAACCCAGUACUUAUCUAAGUACUCAUCACGAGGAAAAAUGCUAAACAGGACGUUGGGAGUCCUACAUAACUUGUCUAAACGUGUGCCAACCAGGAUGAAUUUUGCUGCUUGUCAGGCAUUGGAUAUACUUAUUCCUCUUCUCAAGGCAGAGGUGGCACUUUUUGGUGCUAAGAGCCUACUUGUAUUGGCCUGUUUGAUUGAUGAAGAUAACAAUCAUUUGAUCAUGGCUGACGAAGGACCAAUCAAAUUCCUUACAACUAUACUGAGGAAAGCCAUCGGAUCAACCACUCACAGAUAUUUGGGACUCUCAGCAUCGGAGCUAGCAGAGGGACUGGCGCAAAUUGCUGUUAACGAUAAUAACAAGAAAACGAUUGGCCAAUGCGAAGCUGUUCCAAUCCUGGUUAAAAUGCUUCAAAAUGCAAAGGGGAAUGUGGAGAGACUGAAUGCUUGUAAUACACUUUGGACGUUAGCUUUUGACGAGGAAAAUAGGCAAAUGAUUAGGAGUGAUGAUUACGCACUUUUUGAGCUGCGCAAACUUCUGACCACAAGUGAGGAUAGUGAGAUAAAGAGGGCUGCCGCUGGUGCAUUGUGGGAAUGCGAAGGCAAAGAAAAACACGCUGAAGAGAAACAGCAAACAGUCACAUUGGAGCAAAUAUCAGAAGCGAAGCACGUGAUGAUCAGUUACCAAUGGGAUGUACAAAAACUCGUGAUUCAGAUCAAAAACAAACUUCAGGCGGACGGCUUCAAGGUUUGGAUGGACAUCGAUGAAAUGGGUGGCUCCACUCUGGAAAGUAUGGCCAAGGCUGUGGAAAAUGCAAGUGUGAUAUUAGUCUGUGUGUCUCAGAAAUACAAGGAGAGUCCCAACUGUAGAUCAGAGGCAGAAUACACAUAUCAGCUACACAAAGAUGUCAUCCCUCUGAUGAUGGAUGGUAAAUACAGACCUGAUGGUUGGCUCGGCUUCAUUGUGGGAUCCAAAUUCUGGAUUGACUUUAGUGAGAAACAUAAACUGGACUCUAGCCUGGACACACUCAUAAGGGAACUGGGGAAUAGAGGAAAAUUUGAGCCGCAGGAACCUAUUGGUAAAGGCACAGGAAUUAAACCAGUCGCGAUUGCGGAUAGUGUUGAUGCCUCGCCCCAGACCUCCAUCAAAUCGUGGACAUGUGGCGAUGUUAAAAAGUGGCUCAAUGAUGUUGGACUGGAAAACAGAUUGGAUCCAAAGGCUGUCCAGCGACUAGAUGGUCAGAUGUUGCUUCGUCUUCAAGGUCUCAGAAAAGAGACAAGCCCGGAUUUCUUUUACGCAUCAGUUAAAGCAGAGUUCAAACUGGAAAGUUUAUUUGAUUUGUUAAAGUUCACAGAUGCACUGGAAAAACUGGAUGCAUAGAUUUGCUGUCGACAUGCUUCUGUUUACAGGAGAUUUACCCAUGGAGUAAUGUGUCUGCGACUAAUACAUCAUAGAUCGUCAUAAAUACCUUUUCUGACUGAUAGUUGAUGUUGUGCAAGAAGUCUGAACCCCGACUAUGUUUCGGUCGCACAGUUUAGCUAUGGGGCCUCUCCAAUCGAGUGCACCGCGCCAUCAGUGUUGACCCGAGAAUUUGGGGCGGUGAUUGGUCGUUAAACUCGCGGGAAAACCCUAAACAAACAAUCACAUAAAAUAUGAAAUGUUUCGUGUCUUGUCCAACCAAGCAAGCACUUAUUCAAGAGAAAAAUGUCACGGGCGCAGAAGUUGGCUAAAGAUACGGAAUUACCAAAAUAUAAGUAUAGUUAUGAGACUAAAUAAAUGAAUAAAUACAGAAAGAGAGAAAGCAAAACGGGGACAUUUCUUUUGUCAAAACUGCCCCUCAAAUUUCUGCACUCCGUAAAUGUGAUGAUUUUAGCAAACAUCACGCCAUGAAGCCUUUAGAAGGAAGCAACCGUAGCUCGAGUUACGCUGAGGCAAAAGUGUUGUUUCUGCUAUAACAUUUUUGCGCAAUAGGGAUAAGGUUACACAAUUGCA